AUGGAGAAUUCACAAAAGUCAUGCAGAAAGUUCAAAGAUGUUUCACUGGAAGAACUGAGAGAAAAGGUGGCAGAGUUUGCUAAAGUAAGGAACUGGGACCAAUACCACAGCCCCAGAAAUCUCCUCUUAGCUUUGGUAGGGGAAGUGGGAGAGUUGUCAGAAAUAUUCCAAUGGAAAGGAGAAGUGGAAAGAGGGUUACCAAAUUGGAGCAUUGAUGACAAAAAGCAUUUGGAAGAAGAAAUCUCUGAUGUUUUGUUGUAUUUGGUUCAGCUUGCUGAUGUUUGUGGCCUUGAUCUUGGCCAAGCUGCUCUCUCCAAGAUUGUCAAGAAUUCCCAAAAAUACCCUCUUAUCAAAUAGUUUCGGUUUUUCUGAUCUUUUUUAUUUUGUGGGUCCCAUCUAAACGUACAAACGUGAUUAACCAAGUGUUUGUUCAUCCCGUUCUGGACGGGACCUACAAAAUAGGAAAUUGGGAAACGGGUAGAGAAGAAUAAUAUCUGAUCUGUUUCGUUGUUGUUUUUGUGUCCGAGUGUUGUGUUUUGGACGAUCAUCGACUU